AUGGAGGCUGACAAUACGCAAAAUAAUAAUAUUUUUAUUCAAGGAUUAACUCAGUCGAAUCGUUCACUUGCCGCAAAAAAUCAAGAACUUCGUUUACAAUUAGCUGCAGAAAAAGCUAAAGUUGCUGAACUACAAAAGGAAACAGUUCUUCUACGUGAAAAAAAUGUUCACCUUGAACUUGCUGAUGAUAGUAAACGUUGUGAACUUAUGGUCGCUAAUAAUUUACAGAAAAAAAUCAAACAAUUCGUGGCUAUUGCUAAUCGUGCAAAAAAUUAUUUGAGUAAAACUGUUACUGAUUUUGAUAACAUUAUGCGUUCAAUUGAAGCGAGUAUUGAUGAGGGUGAAGCAAUUCGUUUUGCAUCAUUCAAUGAUGACGAACGAUCGAUUUUUCCUCGUUCAUUUGAAACGAUAGAUGAAGAAUAUCAUGUUCAGUCGAAUUUACCAACGAUUUCGUUUCCUUGUUCGGGUGAAGAUUCGGCAGAUAUAAGCGGCCAGAAUAAUCUGGGCAAAAACUCAGUGCGACAGAAUCAUCUAAAUAGUAGUACUGAUUUGCCACGUUCAGGUAAAGAUAGGAGACGAGCUGCUGUCUUCUUUAGGGAAGGUUGUGUGAAUUUUUGUCCUGUUCUUGAUCAUGCUCACAUUCGUCAGGCAGCCGUAUCACAAAAACUUGCAGAUUUUCAAAGUUCAAGUUCUAAUUCACUUUUUGAAAUAGUAGCCAAAGAAUCGCUUUUCAAUAAUGCAGUGAAAUCUGUUUCCAAUAAUGGUUUUUCUGAUUCCAGUAUGUGUGAGAAGUCAUCAGAUAUCAGGAUCUCUCCAAAAAUUCUUCCAAAUUUUGGUUCAAAUUCACUUAAUGAACCUGAUAAAGAAUUGAACGACGGUACUGCAUGUGUGUCCAGCAAUGAGUUUCCAGUUGUUACUAAUUCCAAUACAUCGGGAAGACCGCUUAAUUUUGGAAUCUCGCCAAAAAGUAUUGAGACAACGGAAUCGCAGAAACUGAGGCAACAUUUGUUAUGUGAUGGUUAUCGCUUUCGUAAGGAUCAUGUAAAUGUGCAUGGAACAACAUCAUGGAGAUGUGUGGAAAAGGAUUGUAAAGGACGUUUAAAAUCUGACAAAUCAGAGACGAUCGUCAUCGUUAGGGAUCACAAUCAUGCGCCGACUCCGGGACGCAAUGCUGUUGCAAAAGCUAUGGCAGAACUGCGGCGUCGUGCUAGGACGACUAUGGACAAACCUCGUCAGAUAAUCGAGCAAACUUUUAAUGGUAUUCCCUUAGAAUCGAUAAGUACAUUGCCUUCGUUUGCUUCUUCUCAGCGUACUAUUGAACGGGUGUUUUCUGCACAGUUUUCUGCGCCUCGUACAAUUGUAUGUAUUUUAUCGUGGAAAGUUCACUCUCGCCUUUAUAUCUUUUUAUCAACAAACUUUUGUUUAGAUAACUUCGAAAUUCCUUUAUCUAAUCAAAUUUUAUUUGCGAACGAUGAAUCUCAUUCAAAUGUUAAUGUGGCACCUAAUCAAUCCAGUGAUCUUCAGUCUGAUGCUGGCAAAAAUGAUUUGGUCAAAAAAGAAAAUUCGCCUAGUACGUUUGAUAGUACUGCUAAAAUACAAGAAAAGUUGGUAGAAGAUGUCGCUAACAAUGCAAUAUCUAUGUUUUCGAUAUCGCUGAAGGCAUCGGAUUCAUUUUUACAAAAUGAAGUAAUAGAAAUAUUGGAUGAUGAUGAUGACCCAAGAUCAACAAAAGAACGUGUGGAGGAGAUCAAUCAAGCUGGUAUUUCAAUUAAAAGUGAAUCUGGUUCAUUUUCCGAAGAAAACGAGGCCUAUUCACGGCCAAAAAGGGUAGCUGCUGAGCGCAUAGAAUCACUUAAAGAAGUUAAUUUAAAGAAAAAAAUGCGAAAUCCUUCAUAA